AUGCCGCCGAAGCGCAAGGCUCGCGGUGGCCUCGCCAACGAGGGAAGCAGGCCCUCUCCUCACCGGCCUGGAGAUACGGCCAUGGGCCAACGCGAAAGAGACUUCUCCGAGGGUGGUGGAAGAGGCGGUCGCAGUGGUAGGAACACUAGGAGAAACGACCGCCGCGAUUCAGCACAGGGUCAAGGUCAGCAGUCGCAACAACAGCAGCCGGCGACGAGCUCUGCGAGCGCCUCCCGCGUCACCUCCCCGACUGUAGCCCGCCCGCCUUCCGCGCCGUCGCAGUCGCAACAGCCGCCUCCGAUCGCGACGGAUCAGCCUACUGCCCCGAUAUCCCACCCGCCGUCUCCGGUACCGAGAAAGUACUGCUAUGAGCAUAUCAACGACGAAACGAUCACGUCAUGGACAACCGGUGGCCGACAGCAACUUGUAGAUCAUGCCGUGCAGUCGAAGGCUGAUGUCGAUAUCGAAGAGCUGACUAGCAUAUUCCAAGAGUUCAUCCAUGCGGUCUUGGACGGCCGACUGUCGCCGUCCGACGCUGGCGCGUGCAUGAAAGAGAUACUUGGCUCGGAAUCGCAUGAAAUGAUUAAGGAAUCAUUUUCGUUCGAGCCUCAUACUCUCUUCCUCGACACGCUGUCCAUCAUCUUCGAUAACGAUCGCGGUCUGUUCAAGCCGCAGCUCCGCGACUUCAUCCAGAGCACCGGUCUCGCUCCGGCGCUUCUGCGACAGACCCUCGAUGCCCAGCUCCUGCAGGACCUCGGCCUUAUCCGCACCACGUUCGUCAAACUCGGAAUCCGUCACGCCACCAACCUUCUGUACCGACAAGCAAACUACAACUUAUUGCGCGAGGAAUCAGAGGGUUACUCGAAACUGAUGACGGAGCUUUUCACAACCAGCAGCUCGGAACCGCCUACCGCCGAGGCAGCCCAUGCCGCAUUCGAGCGCCUCAAGGGUCUUAUUGGAACCUUCGAUCUCGACGUCGGACGUGUCCUGGAUGUUACGCUUGAUGUCUUCGCAGCUGUACUCAUCAAACAGUUCCGGUUCUUCAUUAAGCUGCUCCGCGUCAGCUCCUGGUGGCCUAGGAACCAAACCCCGGGGUCAACGGUUUACGCGGGCGGCCUACCCAGUUGGGCUCUGCCCGACUCGUCACAUUGGAUGUCCAGCGACGAGUCCGAGAUUGAGACGGCCGAGCUAAGACGCCAGCGAGAUGUUGAGUUUUGGAACAGGGCGCGCGAUGUCCACUUGGAUGCCUUCUUCCAACUCGGAGGUAGAGAAGUCACCGGUGACUACCUCAAAUCGUUGGAAGUGUCGGAGUCUACCACCGAAGCCGAAGUUACUGCCGCGUCGGCGUGGAUGAAGGCAACAAAGACGCUUCCCCCUCAGGGCAACCGCACCGCAGCCCAGCUCCUUGGCUUCAAGCUGCGAUUCUACUCCUCGGAUGCCCGGGAUGUCGACGAUGUGCUGCCGGCCAACUUGCUGUACCUUGUCGCACUUCUCAUCAAGGUUGGGUUCAUGUCACUCGUGGACAUUUAUCCCCACCUCUGGCCCCUCGACGGCGACAUGGACGCACUCAGGGAGAAGCGCAUGAAAGAGUUGGAAGAGAAGGAGAGGCAGAGUCGACCUGGCGCUGCGCAGAACGCAUUGCUCAUGGCUGGUGCUCUGCCGGACGAUACAGCUCCCUUGCCCAACACCCGUACGCGAGAUGCCGCAGGCAAGGCCGACGCGGACGCCAAAACCGAUGCCGGCGUGGAUGAGAAGGAGAAGCUUCCGGAACCUAUGGAGCAGAAGGCGGCGUUGCUCAUCUGCCUGCUGACGAUCGGCGCCAUCCCGGAGUCCCUCUUCAUUCUCGGCCGCUUCCCCUGGCUCCCGGAGGCUUUCCCCGAAAUCCUCGACCGCGUCCAUCGCAUUCUCAACCACAGCAUCGAGAAAGUUUACCAGGAAAGCCGCCCCACACCUACUUGCCCCGCCGAAUGCCCCCCGAAGUCGAUCGCCGACCUUGACCAGAGCGGCGUCCCCAAGGGCACUAUCAAGCUCGCGAGCACGCCCUCCAAGAAGUCUAUGCGUUGGCCAUUCCCUGACGGAUUCGAUGGGAGAGACCAGCACUACCGUUUUUACUGGGAUGAGUGGGCCGACAACGUCCCUGUUUGUCAGACUGUUGAAGAUGUUUUUACUCUAUGCGACACGUUGUUGAAUGUCUCUGGUGUCAACAUUGGCAAAGACCCCGCCUUGUUGGCCAAGCUCAUCAGCAUCGGAGCCAAGAGUCUCGGAGAAGACCAGUCUCAGCAAAACCUCGACCGCUGGCAGGACCUGCUUCGACGCAUUCUUGUUCCCGCUCUCAGCAUGACUACAGCCAACGCGGCCGUCGUCAACUCCAUCUGGGACCUACUCAAGCUCUACCCUGUCACAACCCGGUACUCGAUCUAUGCCGAAUGGUUCGAGGGACAAAUCUCGAGACUGCCGGCCAUGAAGGCAGCCUUUAACCGAACCCGCGUCGAGACCAGAGGUGUGAUGAAGCGUAUCUCACUGACGAAUCUCAGCGAGAUGGCCAAGUCUCUAGCCAAGACGAGUUACUCUUCGCCUGGUAUCGUCUUCAAGGAAGCCCUGAGUCAGAUCGAGUCUUACGCCAACCUCAUCGAGGCCUUUGUUGAGUGUGCAAAGUACUUCACUGACUUGGCAUACGACGUCUUGGUGUGGUCCUUGAUGAGCUCCCUUGGUGGCAAACAACGAAGCCGCACGCAAGAGUCCUCGAUCCUCUUGACCAGUAAAUGGCUCCAGGCUCUGUCGAAGUUUGCUGGCAAGGUCUUCAAGCGAUACUCCAUUCUGGACCCGACCCCCAUCCUUCAAUAUGUCAACAACCAGCUAUUCCAAGGCAACUCGACAGAUCUCAUCAUUCUCAAGGAGCUCGUCACUUCCAUGGGAGGUGUCGUUCAAGUCUUCGACUUCACCGACGAGCAGAUCCUGGCAAUGUCAGGAGGAGAAGUCUUGCGUCGACAGACCCUGCUUGGCCUCCAGGACAAACGCUUCGAAUCAGGACGCAGCGCCAAGCGCCUGAUGCAAUCAUUGACCGAGUCGAAGCUUGCUGGACGUAUCCUGAUCAACGUUGCCCAAUACCGACAAUCUGCCAUUUACAAACUUCCGGACGACGAGGCCCACAUCAAGUACAUCGGUUCCGUCAUUGACGACAGUCAUCAGAUCCUCGUCCAGUAUCUCGACCUUCUGAGAACCAACUUGGAGCCUCAGCAGUUCGAUUCGCUUGUUCCUGCCAUCGCGAGCCUCAUGAGCGAGUUUGGUCUCGAUGCGAGCCUAGCUUUCCUCAUUGGCCGAGAGAGCAUCUCCCACAAGAUGUUCGCGAAGAAGGAAGAUGCCACGACAGCCAUCACCGACACCGACGGGGACGUGUCCAUGGGCCAGAGUGAAACCGAGCCUGCCGAAGCUGCCGAGACCACUGGAGAGGUUACCGAAGCUGGAGAAAAGAUAUUGACGCCGCAAGAGAUCCGAGAGAAGGCGAAGAAGGAGGCCAUGCGCCAGAUCCACGAGGCUCUGGAACCUCUUGUUGCGUCGAUUCAGUCCAUUACGCCCGAUUCCUACUGGGGAAAACUCAGCGCGCAGUUCUUUGUUCUUUUCUGGGCUUUGCAGCUUGGCGAUGUCGAGGUGCCAGCGGCUAGUUACAACAUGGCCCACAAGCGAAUCGCGAACUUGCAGAAGGACCUCAACAGAGACCGUUCCGACAUGAGCCGGAGCGGCAUCACGAAGAAAGAAGCUAAGAAGGCCGAGCUACAAAAGAUUGGCAACGAGCUUCCUAAGGAGGCGGACUUGCAGAUGAAGAGGGCGCGGGUCGUUCGAGACUACAUGUCAGAUCAAAUGGACACGUGGUUCACAGGAUCGGUCACUAAGUUGAACGGUAUCUCGGAUGCGAUCCUCGAACAGUGUUUACUUCCCCGGCUGGUUCUCUCCGCUAGCGACGCCGAGUACUGUUACGCCUUCAUUCGGAAAAUCCACACUUUCGGCGCCCCCAACUUCCGAUUGAAGGCGGUCUAUGACCGGAUUUUCAGCGUCAACCGACUGCGGUCGAUGAUCUUCACCUGUACGGUCCGCGAAGCCGAACAUCUCGGCAGGUUCCUCAACUGCAUUCUGAAGGAUCUUGCGAAAUGGCACCGGGACACCAAUGCCUUUGAAAGAGAAGCCGUCGGCAAGCGCAGUAACCUUCUCGGAUUCGCAUCUGAGUUUGACGCGAACGGACAGCCAACGGCGUAUUACGACCAUUCGCAGUUCCGGGAUAUUCUGUACGGAUGGCAUAACAAACUCAACCUGGCACUGAAGUCCUGUCUUGGCGGCAUGGAGUGGAUGCACAUCCGCAAUGCCAUGACUGUUCUCAAGGCUGUGCUCGAAUUCUUCCCAGCGGUUACAUUCAUGGGCAACCAGUUCAUCGAGCAGCUCAAGACUAUUACCGAUCGUGAGGCGGCCUCAAAGACUGCAACUGCUGGGGAGGAAGGCCAUCGCGUGGAUCUUUCGGUCGCUGCUCAAGGUGCACUGUCCGAACUACAGCGGAGAAAGGCGAAAUGGGUGCUGCCGGCAGGUUUCCGUCCAAACAUGAAUGGACAAGCCCAAGGAAAGGCCAGGGAUGGCGAAUCAACCGGUCUUCGUGCGACCGCCGCCGAAUUCAAGCCUGGUCCAGCCAAGAGUGCAGCAGAACAGGAAGAUGGCGAAGUCAGAGACGGCAAGGAUACCGAGUCUCGACCGUCAGCUCCGACAGCGCCUGCUACGUCUAAUCAAAAGGAACCCAACCUUCCCCCUAAACCAUCUGCUGCUCAGAGGGAGUCUGCCAAAUCAGGCGCCACCCCUGCGGCCACUUCUGCUGCGUCGAGCAAACCAUCAACGCCGAAACCUGCAGUCAGUACUCCUGCAGCGAAUCACUCGAACCAGAGAGAGUCGUCAAAGCCGGCACCCUCGAGCGCGCCUUCCGACAGAAACUCGCACAGUUUGCCUAAAAGGCCGGACGUUCCUAUCCCAGGUCACUACCGCAACCACUUCACUCCCGACAGUCUGCCGGAACGCCGUGAUCAACGGGAUGCUCGCGAACCUCGUGGCCCUAGAGAUGCCAGAGACGCUCGCGAGCCCCGGGACCACAGGGACCAGAGAGAACCUCGCGACCCUAGAUUCCCUGAGCCUGCUCGCCCUGAGCGCGGACGCGAAUUUGCCAACCAGGACCGACGCGGAGCAGACAUCCCGAUGAGAGAUGCGGGUCGCUCGUCUGAGAAGGACUGGCCUGCAAGGCAAGAGCCUCAACGUCGUGAUCACGGAGCUCAUGAGCGUGAACCUCGUGCCCCGCGAGACAGACAAGCUCCAAGCAACGGACGUGCACCAGAACCUGGCCGUCUCUCUCGGGAAACAGCAACUUCAACGCCGCCACCCCAAGCAGCGCAGCCACCGCAAGAGGAACCGCCUAUUAACUCCGCAAGACUCGCCCUAAUCCAGGGUGAUCAGCCCGAGAGGCCUAGCCGUUCAGACAGGCCUCCGAGGUCAUCCGAGACAGACCGCCGCAGUGGAAGAGGACCGCGUGGAGGCGAAGUGGACCGUCCAGACAUAAUCAAUCCGGAGCGUGCUGCUUUGAUUGGCGAGACGACCCGACCGGAACCCCCAUCUCGCCCGGCACGCGAUGAGCCCAGAGAUAGGGGCACGCCUCGCGGACACUCGCCGAGAAGAAGCGGACGUUUCAACCCGGAAACUCCUGAUGCUGGAAGAGAUGACCGCCACGGCCGCUCCCACCAUUCCGACCACCGAUCUUCAGCAAGAGAGGCACACAACGAAUCUCCGGCUCCAAAUCCCCGCAAUGAUCGCGCCAGCGAUCGCGAAGGUGACAAAGGAAGAGAUGCAUUUCUCGGCCCUAGCAGGGGCGCGGAAGCGGACCACAACCGACAGGAUCAGAAUUAUGGCCGCCUGAAUCCCAUUCAGUCUGUGCUCACGAACGAACCUCCCUCGGGACCACGCGGCCGUGGACGAACAGCUGCAAGAGGAGGCCCUAUGAACCCUCCGAACUCGCGAUCAGACGGGCGCUUCCCACCGACUGACAGCCCGGCGCAGCCAGACGAAAGGCACCCACCAACCGGACCGGCUUCGGGCAGAGGGCGUAGGAACCAGAAUGCCCCUAACCAGUCCGUUAACUCGCCUACGACAGCAACUCCCACGCCUGCGCCCCAUCCUGACCGUGGCAGGACCUUGAACCAAGGCCCAGCUGCCUCGCCUUCGCAGACUCCUGGAGGCCCACCGGCUACAGGCGUCCAUCCUGAUCGUCUGGCCCAGAUCGCGCCUCCUCCUCCUCCCCCUCCCCCGGCACAACCUGCUAACCAUGGCCACUCCCGCCCACCUUUGCCGCCCAUCAACACUCCUGACCGACCUUCGGGAGGAUCUGGUAGAAACAGCCAAACACCCACUGGCCCAUUCCCAGGCCCUACCGAUGGCGCGCCUUCUGGGCCCGCUUCGACUGAUAGAGGUCGAAGUGGCGGCAGUCGGAGACAGCUUGCAGGUAUCAACAGCACGUUGCAGCAAGCACAAGCCAACAUGCCGGAAAGCAACCGAGGCACAACGAUUAGGGGACGUGGAGCAGCCCGUGGUAGCAUCAUGGGUUCUGACGCUCAGGUUUUGACUGGCGCGUCUCCGAUGACUACACCAACUCAAGAACGCCCUGAUCCAAUCCGACAAGAUCGCAUCGGAGGGAGCAUCGUUCGGAUCGUGGACGCCAAUCAAGACGAGGCAGCCGUGAGCGAGAGCGUAGCGCAGGACGCGAGAGAGAGCCGAAGGAGCCGCGAGGUGGUAACGGGCGUGAGCAACGCCAUCGGGGUGAUCGUGGUGAUGGAGGCCGUGGAGAAGCCGGCUCAGGAGGAAGAAACGAGGAAUGGGGUGGAAGCACGCGCGGUGGACCUAGAGGUGGACAGCGAGACGGCGGAUCGAGACAGAACGACGACCGACGCGAACCACGAGAGGAGCGGGGUCGGAAGCGCAGAAGUGAAGACGCCGCCGGUCUGA